AUGGGCAAUCAACCAUGGCUCGACAGUCUCUCCGACGACUGGCCGUCAACACCUGCUUCACCCACCAGCCCGGCGCCGUCUCGGUCUCUUCUUCAGUCCUCUCCUCGACACAGUGUCCAGAAUUCCCCUAGUCGCAUUCCAGUACCUGCACGCCGACCUGCGGAACAACAAUCCCCGGCCGACAAGAAAAAGGUGACCCGACCAUGCCACUUCGUUAAACGAGAACCCCCGACCCCCAAGACGCCUCGCACCCCCAAGACCCCGUCAAAAUUGCGGUCGCCAGUGCCAGACAAGUCCAAACCGACUAGUCCUAAGCCGAGUCCGAAGCCGACCCCCGCGGCGCGCAAACAACAACCGCCGGCAAUGGAUACUCGGUCUCCCUUGAGAUCCGUGUCGAAUCUCUCCUCCCAGUCUGACAACCACAGUGCGGACACCGUUCAGAUUAAGCCAAAGAAAGGCGACGAGAGGAGAGACGAGGGAGAAGGCACCCCCGAAUGGCGGAGACGACUGGUGCGCGGGGAAAUUCCCGCGGGUGAACAACUGGAUCUUUUUGCGCCGAUGGGACUCGAAAGCGUGUUUAAGCCCCCGACACCUGGCUCGGCGACUGCGCACCAGGAUACGAUCCCGUUUACGAAGCAGGAAGAUCCGCUGUGGGAUUUCACCGAAGCAACGUCUCGACGGGAGAGUACGGCGCAGAAGGACGAUUACGAGACGCACGAUCGCGGAUCCGAAGGCGUCGACGGUGCAGAGGAAGCGGGAAAUGGCACAGAGUCCCCCUUGGGAACAGUGAACCGGGCACCGUGGGCAAGCAAACGGCAUGACAAGAAUCCUCAACCGGAGGGCUCCUCGCAGAUUGGAGACACACAACUCCGCACAGCCAGCGGACUCGAGGAUCUACGCAAUGAGGGAAUUACCCCGAUUACGUUUACUCGUAACAACACGGUUGACGGCAACGGGACUUCUGAGGUGAUCAAGUCGGCCUUGAAGCAAGUGACUAAUAAGCUGGAGAGCUUGUCUGUGGAUACUGGAAGUCGCCCUGAUUCUCCAGUGAGCGACAGUUUCCUGUUUUACAACCAGAGCGAACCGCAGCCCGAUGGUUCGCCUCGAGAAGAUAGCCUGCUGGAUGCAACAAGCCACUCUCUGCCACAAGACCUGUCCAUGGGGACGAUGGACUUCAGCCGACGAGGAUUAAAUCGUAACCGAUUCUCUCCAUCGCCCUUUCCCUCGCACCGCCUGACACCCGCAACUCUCGCCAACUCCAAAAUCCGCAGUUCUCCGCUCUUCAAUCCUUCCCAACAUACUGGAUCCCCUGCGUUGCCGCGGCCGUCUUCAUCUCACGUUCGACCAUCGACAGCAGAAGGGACAGCAAAGGAGGAAACGAUGCCGUCCUCAGGUAGCCCGUUGAAGCUGUUCGGUGACCAUGACACAUUCACCAACAACAAGCUCCUACGGCGCAUGAGUCAAUUCGAGGAAACCUUUGAUGACAUGUCGGAUGGCGAAGAGCCACCUUCACCUUCAGAAGAAGCGCGGAGGAAGGGCGAGAAUCGAAGCUUUUUGAGCGCGAGACACCAACCAUUGAGUGAGAUUUCACCUAGACGGAACGAGCGUUUGGAAUCCCGACAUGGGGCCAAUUCUCGGCUUAGUCGCUUCGGUGACGGCGAAUUGGACAAAUUCGAUUUCUCGGACGCCAGUCCCUACGAGAACAUAUACGUAUAUGACGAAGCUCGAGGGCUUGGGUCCCGUCCAUCUUCACGCCGACGGUCAUCAGUUCGACGACAGCAUCUUCGCCGUGGCUCACAGCCCGACAUACAUCAUCAUACCAGAUCCAUCAGCUCUGGCUUCACUCGAAAACCGUCCGCAUGGGCCCGGCAGGACUUCUUUGAUGACUUGCGUGAUGCCACGUAUUCUCGCCCGAACAACAAGGAAAAUAUGGGGUUCCCAGAGACCAAAAGAGUCCCAAAAGCACCGGCCAUGGACCCAACUCCAAAACGCCGUCGAACAAUCUUGAGAGAUGACAGCGCCGAGCCCAGCCCCCAAUAUGCAAACGGUGAUUCACCUCCCAAAUUUGGCGACAGCAUGUCCCUCCUGCAGAGAAGCUUGCUGCAGCAUGGCGUGCAAGUCGAAAAUGGUGACUUCCUCGCACCACCUGGCCUUUCCCAGUCUAUGCAGCGGCCGAGGACUCCGACUCCCAGUCAAAUACGGUCCGCCCAAGAGGCGACCGCUGCGGCGACCAGGAACUUCUCCGAAUCCAACUUUGAUGAGCGUGAUUAUUCAGACUCGUUCUCGAUGGAUGGUGAUGUUCCUCUGGUCAAAGUGACUGGGACCAGUGACAGUUCCCGGAAGGGAUCUAUCACGACCCAGGAUUAUUUGAACGAAGCCACAAAGAUUAUGGAUAUAAUCAGAGCCAAAGGUCGACCAGCUACCGGAUUGAGUAGUGUGCAAGAAUCACACUUGGACAGCGAUGAGGACGAUAUAAGUUAUGACGACGAGUCCACCCGCGAAGCAUUUUCUCGUCCACCGAGCCGCGAUGGAACGGACCUGCGCAAGCAACGGGAGCCCAAGGAGCUGAAUCCCCAAAUCCUCAAUCACCUGAAGAAAUAUCAGGAGAAAGAAGACUUGGAUUAUGGUGUCGGCGAGUUAAUGACAUCUCUACGAAUGCAUGCCGAUUCAGAAAAUGGACACGCAAACACCAAGGAGCCUAGUCCCGAAGAGUUCCGAAUUCGCGAUCCAUUAAACCAGCAGAGGAAGCGGAAGCCAAGCGGCUCUGCUGAGGACCAGGCGGAGAGUAUUGCCCAGGAUUUGAUGACGAUUAACACGCAAAUGUCGGGCUUCAGUGUCCACUCUGUUCCGACGGGGUCCUCACAAAACUCGCAAGCCAAGGGUAUGCUCUCCUCUGAUUUGGUGUCGCAUUUGAUCCCAGAGCAUGUCAAUGGCUUCAUGUAUGAUCGAUCAAAGAACCUUUGGGUGAAAGAAGGCGAACGACCCCCGGCGCGGAUGUCUCAGGGCCAUGGAAGCGACGACGAUCCUUUCAGGGAUAUUCCGGAUCUGAGUGUGGAUGAGCUGCAGGAAAUGAUGAGGACCCAUAGUCUUGAUUCACCCGCCAAGAAGAAUGAUUCGGUUCAAGAAUCCCAUGGUGCGCGCAGCCCGCCGGUUGCUGGCGACUCGCCCAAGAAGCCUGAGACAAGGCCUCACACAAGAGACGGAGAGCCUUCUAUCAAUGCAAGCUCGGUUCAGUCUCGAUUGACCCGGUUCACAUCCAGUGUUCCCAAUACCGGCACACGAGCUACAUCGUGGGAAACCAAUGAUAUCCCGGACCGAAAGCCUUCCGGGUCCGUCAAUCAUGAAACUCGGCCCCAUGAAACCGGGCCCUCAAAGCGUCCUCAAGCCCAGGGGAAACAGACUCGUGUCCCUACCAUCAGCUUCUCGUCUCCUCUCGUCUCACAUGUGGUCUAUGGAGAGGACCCUGAUGCUCCAGAGUCCAACCCCGCUCCAGGGAAUCUUACUGAUCAAGAAACCACAGCGGGCAACGCCUCGGCUCAUGGAGACCAACAAACCAAUCCAGCUCGGACAUCUGCCCCCGUUACUGGCCGUCGUACCUCUGUUGGUGGUCAGCCAUUUAUCCGACGACCAAUCUCUAGAAUUGAGGAGAGGAAUGAGGAUGGUGUUGAUGAUCUCAGUAUUGUCCGCAGAAACGAUUCAUUGGCCGUUCAAAACACACCUGCCAGGGAUGCAGUACAACAUUCCCUGGUUCCCCAUCAAGAUGGUGACCCGGACACCAGCUACAGCUUCCAACUCAGUCCACUUCCUGACUUUUCAGUCAAUCAACCCGAUCACCCCUUGAAUCUUGAAAUGAGCUAUGUGGCCCAGCGCACGCAUCCCUCAUCCUUGCGUCAGGUACACGGAACAUUUGCUCUCGCAACGGAGGAUCUGAUCAAGCACAUCACGGACGUUGAACCCUAUGAACCUUACUGGGAGCAUGUGCGCCGGUUGGCUUUGCCGCAGAAAGGUCUGAUCACUUUACACAAACUGAGCGAUUUCUGUCCUCGCCUUGAGGAGUUGGAUGUUUCUGAGAACGACAUCGGUCAACUAAGCGGCGUUCCUUCAAGCUUGAGAACUCUCAAGAUUCCUAGGAAUUGUCUCUCCAACCUCACUCCCUGGGGUCACUUGACCAACCUACAGUACCUGGAUGUGUCAGGGAAUGAUAUCGAGACACUGGAUGGCUUUUCUAGCCUGAUCCACCUCCGAGAGUUGAAGGCAAAUGACAACCAGAUUCGUAACAUUGACGGGAUUCUGGAUCUGAAUGGCUUGUUGAGCUUGAAGUUGAGCAACAAUUCUGUGACGGCGGUGGAUUUCGAAGGGUCGGAGCUGACACGCCUUCGGGAUCUUGAUUUGAGUCACAAUUGUUUGACGUCUGUUCGGAAUAUUGAAUGGCUCCCGUCUCUGGCCACCCUUGAUCUCAGCGCCAACCAGAUCAGUCGCCUUGAUGCUUCGGGAUCGCUUAUCAGCUUGCGCGCCUUGAAAUUGUCUAGCAACCGGCUUGACACGCUGGAUGUCAGAGCGUUUCCAUCGACCAGCCUUCUCUACCUGGACCAAAACUCGCUUUCGGCGAUUGCCGGCCUGGAAUAUUGUCAAAAUCUUGAAGUACUCUCUUUACGAGAACAGAAGUCACUUUCGCAAGGCAACGGUAGCUUCGUGCUGGAUAUUGACCUGGGACAUGUGAAGGACAUUCGUAAAGUGUUCUUGUCGUCCAACAAGCUUUCACUUCGGAGCCUGUCGCCAUCCACCCCACUUCUGCGAUUGCAACUGCUUGACAUCGCAGCAUGCACUUUGCAAUCUCUUCCCAAUGACUUUUCUUCGAGCUUCCCCAACCUGAAGGUCUUGAACUUGAACUUCAAUUCCGUGGCCGAGAUCGAGCCCCUGGUCGGAAUGGCUUGUCUCACCCGGCUGAUGGUUGCUGGCAACCGCCUUGCUCGAAUGAGAAGAGUAUGUCAAAUUUUGAGCCGGCUGGGGCGCACUAACAAGGGAAACGCAUGCUCUCUACGAAAGCUUGAUCUUCGUGGCAAUCCUUUGACAGUCGGUUUCUAUCCUCCGCCUGUGACUGGAAGCGGAACGCAUGUCGACCGCAAGAAGCUCAAAUCUCAAGAACGCGCGGUCGUUCAACAAGGGAGCGGCCGGGAUCUGUCGGAUGCCCUGGCCGAUAUUGGGCGCGAUGAUCAGCUAUCUCGCCCCGUUGCUUGGGAGGAUGGCAUGAAGACCGACCAUGAUGUUGAAGUCAAUGAUCCAUUCACCCUUCCGCUUGCCGAUCCGCAGGCGGACGAUAAAUACCUGAGCCGCCUGGAUCAGGCGACUCGAUUACGUCGGAGAGUACUGGAGCUUCUGCUUUAUGCCGGCACCAGUGGCUCACUACACACCCUCGAUGGCUUGGAGCUGAAGCCGUCUUUAGGCGGGCAGUAUUCGGAUAUGGGACAGGCUUGGGCGAAGCUGGAACAGCUUGGCGUACUCCGGAGGAAAGCGAUUACAAACUAG